UCAGCAGGUGCACGAGGGCCUGAGCCUGCACCAGGAUCUCCAUCCGGGUUUCCUGCAGGUGCACAGGGCCCCCAGGAGCUCCCUGUCCCCUCCAUGACCCUGUACAGGAAGUCCUCUGAUGAUUGACAGCUUAAUUAUGUGUGCCACGGGGCCUGGCAGGUGCACCCAGCCACCCCCAGAGCGGCUCCGUCACCCUUAGACUCAGCCGUGAGUUUUUUCUCGCUGAGUCACAGCUGUGAGCCAUUGGACACCGUCCUAUCUCUCUCUGACGUGGUGGUAAUGAUUGAUUGACGUGGGGGUUGACACAUGCUAGCUGUCUGCUGAGGCCUCAGGCAGACAGGGUCUGGCUCUCGAAGUGGGAAGUCGUGUCCUGGAGCCUCCGAGGGAGCGGACGAUGAGAGCCGCGUGCCUCCUCCUCCUCCUCUUCCUGGGUCCCAGCCGAGGCCACGCCCACACUGCCACCACGGCCCCACCCCCCAACAUCGUCCUGCUCCUGGCAGAUGACCUUGGCAUUGGUGACAUCGGCUGCUAUGGCAACAGGACGCUCAGAACCCCGAACAUUGACCAGCUGGCACGUGAUGGCGUGAAACUGACCCAGCACUUGGCUGCCGCUCCGCUGUGCACACCAAGCCGCGCAGCCUUUCUGACUGGACGCUACCCAGUGCGCUCGGGCAUGGCUGCGCGGUCGCGGGUGGGUGUCUUCCUGUUCCCGGCUUCAUCUGGGGGUCUCCCAGCCACCGAGGUCACGUUCGCUAGGCUGGCCAAAACCCGCGGCUACACCACAGCGCUUGUCGGGAAGUGGCACCUGGGCCUGAGCUGCCGGCACCCGCGCGACUUCUGCCACCACCCGCGGGUCCACGGCUUCGACCAGUUCUUCGGGCUCCCAGCCACCAACCUGCGGGACUGCAAGCCGGGGGCUGGCACGGUGUUCGAGGGCGCUGUGCACUGGAUCGUGGUGGUCCCCGUGCAGGCCCUGGGCGCUGCUGCCCUGACCCUGGCCGCCCUGCGCUGCCUCGGCCUGGCCCGGCCGCCGCCUGCCGCUUUCCUGGGCCUCCUGCUGCCCAUGGCCAUCUUGCUGGGUUGCCACUUCCUGUUCCGACGCUACUUCCGGUCACUCCACUGCUUCCUCAUGCGGGACUUCGAAGUGGCCCAGCAGCCUCUGGACUAUGGGAACCUCACGCAGAGGCUCACGGAGGAGGCCACGGGGUUCAUACGGCGGAACUCCCAGAAGCCCUUUCUGCUGCUGCUGUCCUAUAUCCACGUGCACACAGCCCUGUUCGCCUCCCCAGAGUUUGCCCACAGGAGCUCGCAUGGGGCUUACGGCGACGCCGUGGAGGAGUUGGACUGGAGCGUGGGCCAGAUCCUGCAGGUCCUGGACGAACUGGGCCUGGCUGGCCGCACCCUCGUCUACUUCUCAUCUGACCAGGGCGCCCACGUGGAGGAGGUGACGGCCACGGGCGAGGUCCACGGGGGCAGCAACGGCAUCUACAGGGGUGGCAAAGCCAACAACUGGGAGGGCGGCAUCCGGGUGCCGGGCAUCCUGCGCUGGCCUGGGGUUAUCCCUGCCAGAUGCGAGGUGGAUGUGGCCACGAGCAACAUGGACAUCUUCCCCACAGUGGCUGGGCUCACAGGGGCGCCACUGCCCCACGACAGGGUGAUUGAUGGGCGGGACCUGAUGCCCCUCCUCCGGGGACAGAGCCAGCAGUCUGCCCACGAGUUCCUGUUCCACUACUGCAAUGCUUACCUGCAGGCUGUGCGCUGGCUGCCACGCAACAGCUCAGCCGUGUUCAAGGCUUUCUUCUUCACACCCAAGUUCCGCCCGGCCGGCGCCAACGGCUGCUUCCCCACCCACGUGUGCCUGUGCCAGGGUCCCACCCACGUGACGAGCCACGACCCACCCCUGCUCUUCAACCUGGCCCACGACCCCAGCGAGGCUGCGCCCCUCACACCACACACCGAGCCACGCUACCAGGCAAUCCUGGAGGCCAUCCUGGAGGCGGUGGCGGAGCACCGGGGCUCUGUGCCCCUUGAUGUCCCCAACCAGCUGGCCCCGGGCCACGUGAUCUGGAAGCCAUGGCUGCAGCUCUGGGCGGCUGGGGCCUCAGGGCCAUAGCCAUGCACCUGCUGGGCAGCUGGGGCCACUCCCAACAUGGCUGUCAGCCAUCUUUGUCACACACACAAAUCUGGCUCCAUCCGUGGCUGUUGGCCAUCUUUAUCCUGGACACGAACCUGUGGCUCCAUCCAUGGAUCAGUCGGCCAUCUUUGACACAAACACGAACCUGGGCUCAGGGUCUACAAUGACUCCCAUAAAGUGUUCAUCACAAACGAAGCAGCAGGUGUUCCUUAUAGAUGCAGAUGAACUGACUGGGAACCUGUCCAUCUGCCUCAGAGCCUGCCUCUGACUGUACCAGUAACCUGUCACUCACCCUCAGAGCCCGCCCCUGACUGGACCAGGAAACCGUCAAUCUGGCCCUGGUUGUGAAGAAUGGAGCGGGGAUCAGGGGUGGCCCUCGGAGGAUCUUCAGGGGCCCAGGUGGAGACCCCAGGUCUCUUGGAGCAGCUGUCAGUCACAGAGAAGCCAUGCUGUCAGUCACUGCACAGCAGAGUCAGUCCCCGGCACCGAGCACUUUCUGCUGAGUCACAAGAGCCGAUAGCUGCAUGACUUGGCAGGUGUAAAACUAUGGCUCAGCAAGUGUAGAAACAUGACUCAGCAUAUAUAGAAAGCAUGACUCAGCAGGUAUGGAAGGAUGACUUAGCAAGUAUAUGACUCAGCAGAUAUGGAAAUAUGACUCAGCAUGUAUGGAAGCAUGACAGCAGGUAUAGAAAUCAUGACUCGGCAGGUAUGAAACCAUGACUUAGCAGGUAUAGAAACAUGAUUUGGCAGGUAUAGAACCAUGACUCAGCAAGUAUGGAGCAGCAGCUCAGAACCAGUAACCCCGGUCUAGGGGCCCAAGGGUGAACUCCAGGGAACUGAGGGUUCCACCCACCCCCGGAUUUGAUGGACGGGGCAGCCUGGACCCUCAGGACAACAUGGCCACCGCACAGAAAGACCCCCAAGACCCCUGACCACGUUUAUUGCAGUCAGUAAAUAACGGGGUGACAGGAAAGCCAUCUUGCAAUUUUCCACAUGGCCCAACUGGGAGGGAUGAGAAUUAAAUAAAAAAAGUCACAUGGUCA